AUGGCCAGAAACAAGAACAAGAAGGGCCAAGGCCAAGGCGCCGCCGGCAACCAGAACCAGCCAAGCAACAGCAGCAAGCCCGAGGAGACCAAGCCCGAAGAGCAGCAACCUGAGCAGCAGCAGUCUUCGCUCGACCAAAAGACGGAAGAGCAGAAGCCCGAGGGCACCACACCAGUCGGAGAAUUCGGCAACCCCGCAGAGGGCGAGGGUAACCCCACCAACACCACCGAUGAGAAGAAGGCCGAAGAAGACAGCAAGCCCGAAGAUGCGGCCGCCAAGACGGACGAUAAGACGCAAUCGCAGCAAGAAGAUGAGAAGGAGCCCGGCGAGGACGUGAAGCCCGAAGACCCCGCUUCCGCAGCCGCCGACUCGCAAUCAAAAGACAAGAAGCCCGAGCAGCAGAAGCCCGGCCAAGAGACCACGGACAAGAAGCAAGCUCCUUCAUCAAACCAAGCCGGCGUCGAAGACGAAGCGGAGCCAGAGUCCGUCGUCGACAACGACAAGAAGCCUGCCGACGCAGGAAAGGAGCAACAAGAGCCCGCAAAGGUACGCUCCCGCGACUCAGGUCGCACAGAGAGAGAAGCUGACCUCGAGGAGCCAACUGAACUCCAGGACGGCGAGGGCGAGUACUACGACGACGACGAGGAAUUCGAAGAGGGCGAGGACGGCGAGGUUUAUGACGAUGAUGAGUACUACUCUGGCGACUCGCAAGACGACGAAGAGUACGACGACGACGAGGACUACGACUCCCAAGAAGAGGAAGAAGAUGAUGGCAACUACACCACCGCGCAAAAGGGCGGCAAUCAGAAUCAGCAGAUGAUGCAGCGCCAGCGCCAACAGCAGAUGCAGCAGCAACAACAGCAGCAGAUGAUGCAGCAGCAGCAGCAGCAGCAGCAGAUGCAAGGCGGCGGUGGCGGCGCGGGCAAGAACCCGCUCAAGCUGAGACUUGAUUUGAACUUGGACAUUGAGAUUACGCUCAAGGCCAAGAUCCACGGUGAUUUGACGCUGGCAUUGCUGUGA